UUACCAUAGUAGGAUUCGUAAUUUGACCAGCCGGCUGUCUGCGUCAAACAAACGCUGUGUGGAUUUCAAAACACAAAUAAUGUCUUACACAACCUUACAGGGUUGUUACUUGCUGAAAUAUUUCUAGAUUAAUUCAGUGCAUAACCAUGGAAGAGGAUGACAGCCAGGAUGAGCUGAUCAACAGGAACGUCUCGCAUGGAAAAGGAAAAAGACCUGCCAUGUCUAUCAUCUCUGAUGACGAAGACAACUCAGAAGGUGAGGAUGAAUCAGAGGAAGAAGAAACAGGCAGUGAGGGAGAUGAUGAUGAUGAUGAAGAGCAGCAGGAAAUCCUUGAUGAAGAGGAAGAUGAGGAUGAAGAAAGUGAAGAUGAAGAUGCUGGCAAAGUACUAGAAGGAGCUGUAGGGAAUAUUUCAGUGGAUGCAAUGGACCUGAGCUCAGAUGAGGAUUCAGAGAAAUGCCCCAUCUGCCUGAACUCAUUCCAUGAGCAGCCUGUGGCCACACCAGAGACCUGUGAACACUAUUUUUGUCUUGACUGUAUUCUGGAAUGGUCAAAGAAUGCCAACUCCUGCCCUGUGGACCGAAUAGUCUUUAAUAACAUUAUCCUGAGAAAGUGCCAUGGUGGGAAAAUCCAAAAAACAAUUGCAGUUAAAAAGCCUGUAAAACCUGCGGAGGAACAGGUGGAAGUGGAUUUGGAUCAGACCAGCUGUGAAAUUUGCGGGGGUCGAGACCGUGAAGAUCGCCUUCUGCUAUGCGAUGGAUGUGAUGCAGGGUACCACAUGGAAUGUCUCACACCACCUUUGGAUGCUGUACCUGUAGAAGAAUGGUUCUGCCCAGAGUGCAUCGCCAACAACCGGACAUCAGGUUCUGAACAAAUCAGUGAGGAGGAGAGCAGCUCUCUUCCCACCACUAGUCAUUCCCGGUCCAGACCGACACGUGCUAUUGCACGGACCCAGCAGAGCGAACGAGUUCGGGCCAGUGUCAACAGGCAUCGUAUCACACAGGCACGCACAGCAGAGCAGCUUGCUCCCAGAUAUAUGAUGCAGUCCACAUGGUUGGAUGAAACCAUCAAUGCUGUAGUGGCAGGACUCAACACAGCCGUGUAUGUCCGAGACUUGACCCCACGCUCCAGACCCCGCCGUAGAAGAAAGACAGUUAAAAGAAGGAAAAGCAAAAGUAAAUCCUCAUCAACCUCAGGUGGGAAACCAAGCAGGGGAGUGAAAAGACGCAAACGUAAAGUCAGGAGGUCAAAAUUGAGACGAAAACUGGUGGUGAAGAAAGAAACUAAUUCCAGAGGCCGAAUUGCACGGAGUCUAGGGAUUAAGAAGCCAGAGUCUGGUUCCAUCAUUCCCUCUGUUUAUCGGCCUUCAGAGUACAGUUUAGGAAGUAUGAGGGCAGAAAUUGGAGCAGCUUCCCUUUCUGUCUAUGGAGAUCCCUUUGACCUGGACCCUUUCAAUGAUAGGGAGGAUGAAAUUCAAGUUUUGACACCAUCCUCUGUUCUGGAUGCUAAACGUCGAGGUCUCUCCCGCUCUGCAUUACGGUCACAUCAGCCUGUGGCUAGACCCAUAUCUGCCAGCCUCUCCAGGCAAAGUGUGACUAUCCCACAAGUGGGAGAUGUUGCAGAGGAAGCCCCCGUUUCAGACCUUUUGGGGAGUAUCCUUAGUGGUCAGAGCUUGCUCCUAAUGGACAGUUCUGAUGUGGUCAUUAACAGAGAUGGUUCCCUUAAAGCAGCCAAAUCUGUGUCCCUUUCCUUGCAAAGGAAUCCAACCACAGGUUCAGGAGAAAUGGGCAACACACCAAGUUCCGAAAGGCUCAUGUGCUCAUAUGGAGAGGCUGGUCUUUCCUCCAGCCCAUUGAGGGAGCCUUCACUAGUACAAAGUUCCCCUGGAUCCAGUUCUACACCACAGAAUCCCACAUCUCCACACAUACAAGCUCCACAUCUUUCUCGAUCUCAAAAUUAUCCUCAUAUGCAGCCUAGAGCUCCUCACAGACCACCUAACUUAAACUUAUCAAGACCUGAAAAUGGUCACUUGAGCAUCAGUGGGGUUAGAAUUGAACCCUUCUCAAGGGUGUCAAAUGGCUCUUUUGAUUCUGCACCUCACGACAAGGAUGGUAUUGCACGACAACCACCUAUAAGAAAGGACCCUCCCAAGCCUGUAUGGGUGGAUGUUUCUGUAUUGCCAAGGAUACCAAAAAUUAAAAGGGAUAGUGGAAGUAAGAGUAGUGGAAGCAGUAGCAGUGCUUCGUCUGUUCCUUCAGGGAUGAGUUUGGCGGGAAAUUCAGGUAGAAAGCAGGCUGUUGAUAACCGAGAAACAGGUACAAGUCAGCAAAACAGGACAUUGGAUGUGCAAAAGCAAACAGUUGAUAGAACUGGUGCUUCUUCUUCAUUUUCUAGUUCUUUCACCUCCACUGCAUCAUCCUAUAGUGCCUCUUCAAACUCACGCCCCUCAUCCUCAUCCAUAAGUUUUCGUAUAAACUCUAGUGGAAACCCAUGGCAAACUCGACGACUUCUGGCAUCAGGAGGGGCUCUGUUUGGAGAUGAUGAGGAAUCAACAAAAAUUAAUAAUAAAAGUAAACGGAUACUGUUGUCUUCAAGAAAAAAGAAAAAAGACGAAAAGUGUGAGGUCUAUGACCCCUUUAGCCCUACAGGGUCUGAUUCCUCUGAUAAUGAACCAGAAGUUGAGGGUCUUGAAGAUAGUGCCAAAAAUGCUCGGUCUCAAAUGUCAGUUGGGGUUUGUGAGGACAUCUGUAAUCGAAUCAAAAUUGAGCCUGUGGAUAUGGACCCAGUUAGAGAAGCAGGAUCAGAAAUUUGUGUAGAAGUUAAAACUUCCACAUGCAAACCAUGCCAACAGUCACCACAUCAUUCAGAUCCAAUGAAUAUUCCUGUUCCCUCAGGAGCUUCUGUUAGUUUUACAAAAUGUGAGACUAUGCUGGAACCUACUAGUUGUGAAACAUUAGGAAGCUCAUUUUUGAAAACUCAGGAAUGCACCAGAUCAUCGUGCACUGACAGGAAUGUGAAGUCAGAGCUAAAUUUCAAGAUCGAGGCGGAACCAACACCCAUUAGGCCCCAGUCAAAGUCUCUUGAAGAAUCUCUAUCCAAUCUACAACAAACUUCACAACAUAACCUGGUAUGUAAAGAGCUUCCUUCAGUCAGUGGGGUUUUGAAUGCAACUAACAUAUCAGUGGACAGGGAAGAAAAAUCUCACCAGUCCCAGAGCAAAGAUAAUAAGCAGUCACCAUCAAACUGUCAAAGCUUUCAUUAUAAAGAUUGCCACAAAACAAAACACUCAAGAUCGAAAGAAAAGAGAAGGUCACGCUCAAGGUCAAGAGAUCGGCGGCGAUCACGCUCAAAAUCAAAAGAGAGGCAGCGCUCAAGGUCGAAAGAGAGGAAACAUGUGCAUUCAAGAGACAAAAGGUGUUCAAGUUCCAGCAGUAGAGAGAGGAGUACAAGUGGGAAAAAAGUGAUUUGUGAGAGGAGUGACAAUAGAGGAAGAGAGAGACAAAGAAAGAGGCCAAAAGAAAGAAGGUACUCCCGAUCUCAUUCAUAUUCUAGAUCUAGAUCACGAGAAAGAAAAAGCAUGUCAAAGUGUCAGGGUGACAGUAGGUCAAAGAGGCAGAAAUCAGAAUUAAGAUCAACAUCUAGAGAACGAAAAAAGCGAGAGGAUCAACUUGGUAAAUCUCUACAUAGAGAAAAGAGUUUCCAAGAAUCUAUAGAGCCAAUGUCUAUUGAAUUACAUGAGGCUUCUGUUGGUGCAAACAAGACUACAGAAUCAGUGAAAAUGGAGAGAGAUGCAAGACUGUGUGAUCGUGAGAUUAUGUGCAUUAAACCAUCAAUUAAAGAGUUGGAGCCUCGAUCUAUGAACAAGUCUCAUGGGCUUGGGUCAUCAAAACAUGGUGACUGGUCUAGAAUAUUAAAAGAUGGAGCGGAUGGCAUUUCGCUUGACCUGCUUAAGUCCACAGAAAUUAAACAAGAGGAACUUUGGCCCAUUAGUGCUGUCAGUGAGUUUAAAGACAUCAAAAAGGAGGAUGAACCCAAUUUCAGUUUGUGUAGAGAGUUGGGUGGUGUUAAAGAAAUAAAGACAGAGAUUGAGACUGUAGGUCUCAUUAGCAAGGAAUCACCAGAUUUCAAUAAAAGCAAGUUGUACAGUCCUGAUUUAGAAAAGGGCUAUGCUGGUUUUCAAGAUGAAAUAAAAAUGGAAGAAAUGAUCAUUGGGAAAGAAAAGAUAAAAACUGAGCAAAUAUGGCCCGAUGAAGAUGAGUCACCAAUCAGUGACAACCCUCUUGUCAUCAGUUUGGAUAUACAUGAUAUAGAUGCUUUGGACAUUAAAAAGGAGCCCACUGAGUCAUAUCAUUUGCCACCUUUGGAAGAGGAUAAGAAGAUGUCACCUCUUCAACUACCAAUUCUGCCAAUAAAGCAAGAACCUGUUAUUUCUUCUGAUGAAGAUAUCAGUGUUGAUUACUUGAUCGAUAAUUUGGACUUUAUUAAGAAAGAAAUGAGUGAGACCUUUAUGCCUGACUCAGCAGAAACUACCAACCCCAAGUUUUCCAUUCCCGAGUCUACAGCUGGGAAUACACAGAAUUCUGAAACCGUUCCAGCUGUUUUAAAGUCUAAAUCUCAGGGAAAGAGAGUUACUUGGAAUUUGGAGGAACCAGUAGAACCUCAGUCUGAGAAAUUAAGCAAACUUGCUAUGUUUAAACUAAAACUCAAGCAAGAAGGAUCGCGGAGAUCUGCAGCAACCCCACAACUCUCUAAUCAGGAUAAAGCUUCAAAAGUCACAGCAACACUCUCCAGCCUACAGUCUCCCCAAGGCGAAUCCAGCAAACCAAAAUCUCGCAAAGACGUUUUACAGGACCCCAAUGAGAAAGAGAAGGUGGUUGGAUAUAUGAAGAAGCUUCAUAUGCAAGAGCGAGCAAUAGAGGAGGUCAAGCUUGCCAUAAAGCCCUUCUAUCAGAAAAGAGACAUCACAAAGGAAGAAUACAAAGAGAUUCUGCGUAAAGCUGUUCAGAAGGUGUGUCAUAGCAAGAGUGGUGAGAUCAACCCAGUGAAGGUAGCUAAUCUAGUCACAGCCUAUGUGGAAAAAUAUAAACAUGCAAGAAGACACAGGAAAGAGGAAUCUGGGCAAAGCCGCCAUGAAGAUGUCCCGAAUGACUUCCAAACUUCAGUAUGAGGCUGAGGGUAACUGCUAAAUGCUUUUCAGACCACAUCUUUUGCAAUCAGCUGUAGAUUUGAUCAUUUUUAAAGCUGCAGUAAAAUAAGAAACUCUUAAGGGCUCAAUGUCUUGUUAUCAGUUAACCCUUUUAAAUAUUUGGUUUCUUUUGGAUGUGAAGAUUAUUGGAAAGUAUCUAAAUAUAUGAUGUGUAAAGAAACUUUUUGUUGUUUAAAGUCCCAGGAAGUUUAAGUUUCUGGACAGGGUCUUGCAUCAUCAGACUAAAAUAUGACAGAUUUGUGUGUAAAUAUGCGUCAUAUAUGCUCAAUAAUAUUAGGCUUGGUGAACACCAAAGUACCAUCAUGUACAAUUAGCAAAAAAUAUAGUUUUGUGUAUGAGCAUUAUGUUGUUAUAAAUUUCAGUUCACUCAUAUAUGCACAACUUUUGGAUUGUUCUGUGUUUCUCAGAAAGCACAAAGCAUAUUUAUUUAAAUUAAAAUCUUCUUCUGAUAUCCAGUCUUGAUGAGACUUUGGAAUCACUGGUAAUCUUGUGAUGACUUUUCUUUUGAAAUUUUUUUAAUGAUCGAAUAUGGGAAAAAGUUGAUGUAGGCUAUGUUCUCUUGGAACAUUUUAAUGUAUACAGAGGAAUUUGUUCUUGUGAUUCAUAUCAAAUUAAUCUCCGAGAUAAAAUGAAGCAUUUUAUUAAUCACUACUAAAGUUUCACUGAAAAGUGUAAAGAACAUAACAGAAAUUAAUGACUGUAAAGCAUCAUUCAAAAGGUCAUUUUACUAAUUGUUGGUUUAAUUGCUUGAGAAAUGUUUCUACAUUUUUUUACCAUUUAUCUCAUGUAACUUUAGUUUAAUCUAACAAUAAGGUGGGCAAAGAAAAUUGGCCUUUGUGCAUGUGGCAAAUUGUCGAGAUCUAAGUUGAUCCUGAUCAAAGAUUUUGAUCUCUUACCCUUAAUGAAAGUUAUACCAGUCUAUGUGAUUAGUCAUGUAUAUUGGCAUAAGUACAUUGCUGUUUUUGCAAAUACAUUUGUUAAAUUCUUUAUAUAAUAAAAAUAUUUCUUUGGAUUUA